UAGAUCUACAUUCUACAUUGUUUACAUCUCUAGAAUCUCUACAUUUUUAGCGUUUAGGUUUCAAAAGACUAACAAGUGGAGAUAACUUCAACAUAUAUUCCUUCAACGGAGAAGACAAACGGCCUUGACACACAUUGUAACAAGAGAUUCUAUUAACACAGCAACGGAUCAUCAUAAGAAGUUUCGGUGUCUGGUAUUUGUAACAGGAAAGCUAAGUCCAUAGGUGCCACUUAAAGACUUCACACAGAUGUCUGGUAAUUGGGAGAAAAUGGUUACAAGUGCUUUCAAUAUACUGGCAUUACUUCAAAAAAGAAGAUGAUUACAUUGUGGGUACCAGUCCAGAGUCUGAUGUGAUAAUUUGCAAUGUUUGUUCACUAGAGGCCCAUUUGUUCAGCCUUCUAACACCAAUGUUGCAAGCUGAAAACAUGGAUCAGAGAAAGGAUCUGGCUUUAGGGAAGUCACACUGUGUGAAUCUGAUACACAAUUUAAAAAUAGCCCAGUUUCAGUGUCCUGAAUGUAAAAAAGAAUUCAACACCAAAAAACAGUUUCUAUGUCACCAUUUCGUUCAUUAUGGAAAUAAAUUCAAAUGCGACUUAUGCAAUGGAGGAUUUAGAUCACUACUUGCACUGAAAAAUCAUUUUCUGAUUCAUGCAGAAGAAGAUCGAUUCCUUUGUUACCACUGUAACAGAAAAUUUAGAAAGAUAUCAAUGUUAAAAGGUCAUUUUUCAUGGCAUCGUCGAGAAUUUUCAUUCAAGUGUAAAAUGUGCACAAAAAGGUUUUGCUCUAAAGUUAAUUUAAAAGAACAUUUUGAUUUUCAUAGCAUUCAGAUGAAUGGUUUCCAAUUUCCUUUUCGAUGUCUGAUCUGCAAUAAAGGCUUCAGAAAAUCUGGCCACUUAAAAUCACACAUGCCAGUGCAUAGUGGAGAAAAGUUAUUUAAUUGCCCACGUUGCUCUAAACUGUUUAAACAUAUCUCAAGUUUACAAAGGCAUUGCUUGCGUCACACUGAGGAAAAACUACAUCGAUGCGUUAACUGCUACAAAGGAUUCCCGAGCAGUUAUUCUUUUAAAAGACACAUGCUGACUCACACAGGGGAAAAACCAUUUCAAUGUGACAUCUGCUUUAAAAGGUUUAGAACACCCUGGCAUGUUAAACAUCACUGUCUGAUUCAUAGAAUAGACAGGUUUACAUGUAGUAUUUGUGGUCAAGUAUUUGAUACCAAAUCAAAUUUGAUUGCACACCAGAGUGAGAAACAUGUAGGAAUGAAACAUUUUCAAUGUGUCUUGUGUAAUGAAAUGUUUCUCUCUUUGAAUUCCUUAAAAGUACAUUCUCGUUUUCACUUAAAAAAGAAAAAACCCUAUAAAUGUGUCCUGUGCAAUAAAAGAUUUACACAUUUCAUUACAGUAAAAAGACAUAUCAUAGCUCACACUAAGCCAAUAAUCUAUAAAUGUCUAUUGUGUAAUAGAGGAUUAAGAUAUUUAACAAAUGUAAAAACCCAUAUUGUAACUCACAUUAAACCAAAAUUGUAAAAAAAAAAAAAAUUAUUACCGGUAUCUUAAUUAAGGGAGAUAAGUUGACCUUUAAUGAAUUUGACAGGUAAAAAAAAUUCAAACCUUUUGUUUUUCAUUCUAAAAUAAAAGCCCCCCCUCCCCCCCCCCCUACACAAACAUUAUAACAAAAUAUGAAGGUUAAGUCUGCUGAAAAUUCUACAUCUGGUUUUCAAGUCUGGUUACUGGCACUAACUAACUUUGCACUAAACAGAACUUUAUCCACUGGCAUUUUUUGUUUGUUUGACAUGUUUCCAAUGUUCCUUCAGUUGAAGAUAGUUUACUUCCUAGUCCAAACCUCCUGCAGGAUGACGGGGGAUGGGAGCGGGCAGGGUUUGAACCGUCGAUAAAUUCAAACGACAGUCCAGCGUGCAAACCGCUCAACCAGGCAGACAUUUUUUUAACAAUGUUUUCAGUGCAUUUUUCAAUGUUUUUUAUUUGCAUGGCUACCUUGUGGUAUGCCCUGUUGUUCAGCUGUCCCUGCCCCCAAACCCUUCUGUCCUUUAGAAGUCUUUUGGGAAUUUCUAGUUUCAUAUUUGUAAGUUAUGGUUCUUUGUUUUGUUGAUAACAGUAGACUACCUUUGGAACUCAUUCAAUUUGGUUUUUAGGUGUGCAAAGAAAAAAAAAAUAUUUUUUUUGGAUGGAGGUCUUGUAGUUUUUCAUCCACCGGCUAAAUUCUAAUCCUUCCUGUUCGUGAAAACCCCAGCUAGUAUUCUAAGGGUUGAGCUAUAAGCAUUUGUGCAAUGUGAAUUAACAGAAAGAAAAAUAAAAAAUUCUGCCUCUUAUUGCUAAAAGUCAACGCUCUGGCUGGCAAAAAAGAGGAACUGUAAUGUAAAUGAUGGGACUGGCCUCUCUUGAUAUCCUACUAAAAACAGCUGCUGACUGGGAGAAAUGAAGGGAUUUGGUUACCAAACUCUCCCAAACACUCCUACGACGAAAGUCAAGGGAGAGGAGGGGGGGGGGUAGCUACGUUCUUUUUACAAAGCUUUUAUCAACUCACUCCGUCUGUUUGAUACAAAUCUUGUACGCAUUGUUUCUCCAAAUUCCAUUCUUGGGUCAAGUUGAAAUUAUGCACAUUUAUUUAUAGUGAACGGUUAUACACGAAUCAAUAAGAACAAAAACAAAUUAGUUACCGGUAAUCAAUAAGUGGUAAUUAAUAAAUUUUUAUUUUUGGUAGAAAAAGGAAUUUACCUGUUUAUAUGUUGCUACUCUGCAGUUUGUUUGUUUUUUUUAAGUUAUUUUAUAUUUUGUUCAUUUUUUUUAAGUUAGCCUAAUUUGAAUAUUUGUUAAAGAAAAUGUUGGUACUGGUAGUAAAAGCAUCUAGAGUUGGAAGUUUUCUGCAAGCAGUUGUUCUCACUCCUUCAAUCUCUAAGACGUGAAAGUUAUUGCUUCUGUCAGAGCUUGAGAUCAACAAGGCAGAGGGUUUACAGAUCAUCUGUUUCUAAGGCUGAGGGUUCACAAGAGUCUCUUCUAGCCAGCAUACUGUCCCCAGCUAAUGUCAGGUACCCAUCAAAGUUGGGUGGACUUAGGGGUUGGCUAAAAAUACUGGAGUUAAAGUCUCAGUCACCACCAAGACCCCUAGUUCGGAAGCCCAUAUGCUUCUUACAAAACCAGUGCAAUGCCCAUAUUUACCUCUCUGUUACCACACCCCAUAGUAUAUAGUACCAGAACUGACUGUUUCAAUAAUUCAUCAUCUUCUAUGACAUUACAUUUCUCAGUCCUUUUUUGUUUGUCAUUGUCAUCAAUAUGAAAUGUAAAGAAAGUUCCCAUUUCAGACCUUGUGGUCUAUAGGGCAGAUGAUGUGAAGGUCAUCUGUUUCUCUGUGGCCUACAUUUAACGUGGGUGUCAUGUGGCCAGCACAACGACCAACCGCCUUAACUUUUCCCCAACUAAUAUCAGGUACCCAUUAGAGCUGAGUGGACGAGGCGCCCAAAGAUCCUGAAAUUAAACAUUCCAGGAUUCGAACCCGGGACCCAUUGGUUCAGAAGCUGAGGUUUUCACCUCUCAGCCACCACACCUCCAAAUAAUUAAUUGUACUUCACCAGGAUUCGGACCUCGGUUCGGAAGCCAAGCACUUCACCGCUCUGCCACCGUGCCUCAUAACAUGAAAUGUAUGGCAUUUAAAUUUAUUUUUUUUUGUUUUUAUUUGAAAAAUUUGUAAGAAAAAGCAAUUGUAUUUUCUCACUUUGCCUUCUUGUUGUUUACUUGAAGAUAAAUUUAUUAACUCUUUCUCUCCUAACUGACGAUACCAACGUUGAUUCCACCAGAAUUUGGUAAAUAAUUAUGGAGAGAAAGAGUUAAUACAUGACUGUUGACUUGGCCUUCUUGUUCUGUAAGAUAGUGUUAUGGAGGUAUCAUUCCUUUUUCUUUCCUUUCUGUUUCUUUUGCAGCAAAGUUAAUCAAAUGUCACAUGUAAUGAAUAAAAAAGUAAAUGUA